AUGAAAGUGAGAAGGUUGCUAUGCAAUGUUGAAACUACAGUAUUGGUGAAUGUUAUUCUACUCAUACACAAUGCUGAUUCUAUGAGUGAAUGCCCAGUUAAUGAUGGUUAUAUUAGAAGGGGAUCUAUUUGCUGCAAGACUGCUAAAUGUAAAGAAAAUGAAGAUUAUAUUUUAUGUACCACUGAACUAGGACAGGACCAGUGUGUUCCAUGUCCAAAAGGCACUCUCAAUCUAGAUGCCAUUGACACCAAAGAAGUUAAUUAUCAUAUCGAUGUCUGCAGAAAACCUGAUUGUGUUUGUGGCCCAGAAGAGGCUAAGCUCAUAAAUCCUGCAGAAUGUUUGAUCACUGGAAGAAAGAUGUGUGAGUGUGACAGAGACAGAGGCUUCUGUGGCCAUGAUUACAUGAUUUGCCAGCUGUCACAAAAACCAGAGCAAGCUUUGGGAGAAGGAUUUGAACUGACUCAGGACUGCACAUUUGAACCAUGCAAGCCUGGAUUCUUCAAAGAAAAGAAAGGAUUUGGAAAAUGUGAAAAACAUCAGGAAUGCCCCCGGGGCUUUAUCACAACAUUCAAUGGUUCUAGCAUCAAGAACAGGGAGUGUGAGCCUGAGCAUGAAGUUGUGUCAGAUUUCACUGUCACAGUAAAACCCAACAUCUCAGACCCUAGGAGUACAAGCAAAGAUGAUUCUCAUUCCUGGAGCCUGUCCUUGAUAUUAAUUUUGAUUGUAAUGAUUGCUGUAAUAAUUUUCAUGGUCUGUGCUUCUAUAUAUUGCUUCUGCAUAAGGAAUAGGUUGUCUUCAGGUGACCAGAGUAUAUGUGUCAAUUUUGCUCAGAAACUGAGACUAAUAUUCUCUAGUAGAGCUACAAGAACUGAAGAUUUAGAAAGAAAUGUUGAAGGUGAAGAGAUGUCAUCAUUUUUGGACCGUAAUCCUCAAGGUCCUGCAAAUACCACUAGUUGUGUAACAAGAGUCAGUGGACAAGAGGAUGAAAGCCAGCAAAAACAAGCAACAGUCCCAACAUGCACAGUACAGAAUGUAUUUGAAACCAAUCAGUAUUCAAAUGAAGUAUCCACUGCCUCUUUUGCCUCUUCAAGAUUUCCAGAUGAAGUUGGAGAGAAAAUGAAUUUUUCUUCAGUUCUGUCCUCAAAUAGUUCCCAAACGACUUCAUCAGAUAUUAAAGUUAAUUCAGAAGUUCACAGUGAAAAGCCUUGUGCAGUGGUUCAUCCACAGCAGAAGGAAUCAGGUGUUUUCACUUCAGAUCCUGAUCUUGCCUUGUCUGAGGGGAAUUUAGGAUUAGAUUCUUUGUUGGACAGUUCCCAUGUAUCUUCAGAAGAUUCCGAUGAGGAUGAUCAACAGACACAUUCCAAGGACACUUACCAAAGUAUGUGAUGUGUGACUUACUCAGGUAUCAGCUCAGUAGAAAGCUGUGAUGAUGCUUGUACAUGUAGUGUGUAUCAUGUAUUACGCUGGACAAGAACUCUUUGAAGAGAUGUUUAGUGCUUUGCUUAAUAUUGAAUUUAAGAGACGUUGCAUGGAUAUUUUAACUGUUUAUAUGAGAGAAUAGGUUAUGAAGUUGGCAGCUAUUUCACUGUAUUUUUAUAAUGAAAUGCAGUUGCAGAACUAUAAACUUUAGGUACCGUCUAAUUGUCUAAAUAAAAUUGUAGGCUGGUACAUGCAUGUAGUCUUUGUGGCUGAAAGCUGGAUGUAUGUUGAAAAAAAGUACCCCAGGAACAACAUCAGAUGUUAAUUUAUGGUUAUAUGGUUUAUUGUGUGUAACAGAGUAUGGACUAAUUAUUUACUUUUCCAAACUCUGUACUGGAGGGAUCAAAUUAUGUUUUCUUGAUCUUAUCUUCUGAAAGCAUUAUCUUCUGUUAGCAUAAGUAUACAGGUAAAUAAAAUAAAUGAUGUUUUAAUUUUACCAAAGUAAUUAGCAUAUCAUUGGUCUUGUCUUUAAUAGACAAGGCCAUGCAAUCUUGAUGUGAUAUCGUAAAGAAUCUGUGAUGUCUUUUAACCAUAUGACAGAAAUUUAUACUGCUUCUUCUAGUCUUUCAAGUUUUUACUGUUGCAUUGUUUUAAUGAGAAUUCUAUUCUGUUGUUAAAGACCCAUGUUUUAAGUUUAUUUUAAGUUUAAGGUUAUGUGUUUAUUGUUGAACAAAUAUAAGUCUCUGUUCUGAGCUGUAUAAGAUAUCUAGAUGUUGCAUAAUAUAACAUAGAUUGAUCUGUGAUGUGAAUUUGAUGUAAUAUUGUUUUGGGUACUUUUUUUACAUGAUUGAAUGUUUUUACUGAUGCAUGUACAUGAACUUUUUUAUUUAUUCAUAACUUUUUAUGCAUAAUUCUUUAAAUCAUUAUUUUGAAUUCU